AUGAAUGCCUUGGAAGCUGAGCAUAGCAUAGCUUCACAAGCCGUAGUGGAGCUGGAGCAGUCUGUUGGUCCCCCUGGUGGCUCUUCUGACGACUCCUCCGAUCCGACCCAAGCACAAGAUGUUGCCGGGCCAGACUCUUCUGCGGAUCUUGAACUGCGCGUGUUCAAGAUAUGUGGUCUCUGCAAGUUUCCAUUUCAAGAAGUUCAAGCCGUCAUUGGUCUCGACCGAACUAGCUCUACCCAGCCUCUCACCUGGAGCGACAAAUACUGCCCAGCUGGUGAGAGAUACUGUGAAGCAUCACACGAUAAGGGGUUCCAUGCAGCUUGUGCCAAGAUUGUAGGCGAUGAUAUUUUUGCCAAGGGAUUCCUGGAAUCUUGUACAUGGGACCUCGUUAGGUUCAGGUUCCAGGAUUCAUUCUCUCAACCACCACCGUCUUUUUUGGCACUACGCACUCGACGUCUCAAAUCAUCCCUUGCCCUGGAACUCAGGCACGCCGUCAGACAUCGACUUCCGAUCGAGGUAUGCGAAAACGUUGCAACGUACUGCCUGAGCGAAUAUGCGACAAAGCUCCACCUGGAUGCCUGGCAACAUCGGGAUCCUGGUGGCCCGAAGGAAGAAGUCAUACUUCCCAUCUUCGAAGGCCAAAUCGUUUGGGCCCAGUACGUUGAGAUCGAGGGUCGUAAUUACGUCAAGUCCCUGUCAACUGCUCAUGUAAUCGAGAAUGAUACAAAGCUCUUUGUCGCCAAGCCCAAGUUUCCUUCACACAUGUACUUGAAGAUGUACUUCGCCGAAGAUAGUUUGGGAGUACGUAGCGUCAUUGUCGGGUCGGAUGAUGGGAUUCGGUGUAUUUAUGAACCCGGACUCAGAUGGGUCUCCAUUCCUGGUGACUUUUACCAUCUUCCAUUUUCUAUCAAGAUGAAAUUUGAUGGUCUCAAGCUACGUAACUUAAAUGUCACCGGACACGAGAAAAGACGGCCCUGUGGCCAGCGAGUACGCUGGGCCAUCUUUCCAAGGGACUUCGUCUACGGGGCCUCUCCAGGAGAUGACCUCUUCGAAAGUAGUCACAGGGCAGCAAUUCAUGCAGUUGAGUGGAACCUACCUAGGGCCUGUGGCUAUGUCAUCGGCCUGAAAGGCAGUUGUAUUUGCUCUAUUAUUCCCAAUAGAUCGGGUAAGCUGUCCGCUUGUGUUAUUGAUGCAUAUAGUAACAGUAGCUCAAUGUGGCUCUAUUUUCCUGUUGAUCCUGACGAACGAAUCUCCGAACUCUGGCUUCGCACGGGAUUCUUUCCAGACAAUGAUGACCCCGGGACUCGAUCAAAGUCUCUUAUAAUUAUCACAAACAAUGGCCGCAGUCUUAUCCUUGGCCCUGAUAUCCGAUCUCGCUUGCCCCUCAAUGAUCAUCUCUUCAGCUACGAAGCGCUUGCCGAUUUGCCAUCCACCCCUACUCAAACACUUUACUAUAAACAGGGAUACAACGAGUCUUGGCUCGGGUUUGAGAAAAUGACAACAUGGGAUCAGCGCAAGAUCGAACUCUCAUUUGGACCGCCAUCCAGACCAGGCCCAUACUUCUGGGAUGCCCAAUUCCUUUCAUCGUCCGCCGAACUGGAAAACAUUCACACGAUUACUCCAUGUCGAGGCUGGGGAAAAUGCGUAGAUGACGCGAUCGUUGGUCUGCUCUUCACCUACACCGACGGCCGCCAACGAUCCGUUGGACAAAUUCGCCUCGAUCACUUGGAGGACCCCAUCAUGGUUACUUCUGACAGUUUUUGGCUUGGGAGCUCCGAUGAGAACACCAACCAUCAUCAUGAAGAGCCUUGUCUGCCGACAGGGAACAUCACGUGGCUAGGUGUCUGCAAGCCAACGGCAAAUGCUGAAGUGCAAUACGUCGAGAUUCCACGGAGAGGACAACUGGAGUGGCGGUCAAGUUGGGAUAUUACGCCUACUAAAAGCCUCGUGCGACAUCUUGAGGGCAGCGAGUUGCAAAGUGAGAUGGAUAAAGUGUUGGCACGCGAGGCUGCAUCUGGUACAGCUGCUUCUAAGAUGGUCAAGACGUUCUCUGUUCACACCGGUAACAUGUGCGCCACCAACGAACAAGAAUAUGCUAGGUAG